AACCUAUAACUUACGAGCUGUGGAGUGCAGUUAGGGCGGUGAAGGUAACCGCAAGGAAAAAACAGAUUUCCCUUGCAUAUGAAAACAUUUUGUUGGCCAACCUCUCUUCUAUCACAAGCCUCUGGUUCGACUCCUUGGCCACGUCGUUACUUCCUGAGUCCGGUACAAUUAUGUACGAGUUAUCAGCAUUUCUCGGCGUGCUUGCCUCCAGCUCUUCCUUCAACAUUAUCCGUGAUAACCAAAAGGAAAUUAAGGGAGGAGAAUGACCACGCGUUAAAACUUCAUCACACUCUGCUCAUUUACUCUGGCUCGUUGGUCGAACCCGCUGCUUAUUUAAUUAAAAGUACCUAAUUAGCCGGGUUUUUCGUGGUUCUCUAUUGAGCCACCUGUAUUUUCAUAGACCGGAAACAGCUGACCGCUUGACAACAUAUCGUCCGUACAGAACACAAGAAAAUAACAUCGGAUUGGACUUCUCCCGAAUUGCGGGAAACUGCAGAGAAUGGUUGCAAACUAAUGCCAGUGAAGUGUAACAAUCAGUGAUCGUCAAUCAAAAAUCAAAUUCAUUAAAAAGUAUAAUAUAUUUAAAUCUGUAUCCGUAAAAUUAUUGAACUACAAUUUCUUUUUUAAAUCAGUUACUAUUUGUGUUAUUAUUUAUAUGAAUGUAAGCUAACAUUGAGCACCACUGAUAACUUUUGUACAGCAUAGAAGUACUUCAUAAUUAUCAAAUUUACAAUGAAAAAUUUAUGUAGUUACUGUGCUCAACUGUGGUUUUGAUAAAUUGAAGUUAGUGUAAAGAAAUAGCAUGAAGAGUUUGUUAAUUUUUAUACCAAACAAACUUUGCAAAGAACAAUCAGGGUACCUAUUUGGCAAAGUAUUGUACGAUGACAACACAGGAGUAAAAAAAUUUUAUGUUAUUGGAAUAAGUAGAAUAGACAAUAUAGAAACAAUAAAAUGUAAUACUAAUAUAAUUGGAUAUUAUUCUGGGAUGGAACAGAAACGUGGUUUCGUAGAUAAAAAAUAUAUAGAUUGGAUACAUAUAUUUUUACGCACUGGUUCUAAUAAACAAAAUAAUUAUGAUUAUGGUAUAAAGCGCAUUACUAUAAAUAAUAAAAAGAUUUCAACCAUAUAUUGUCAUACAGUAAUUAUAAUAUACGACCAAACAGCCCUCAAAGAGACAGAACUGUUCGAUCAAAAAGCUACAUCAGGAGAUCAUUUUUACGAGUUGAUGAAGAUCGUACAAAACAAGCAAGUAGAAGGAGAAUUACAGAAGAAAGGAAAAUUUACCUACAUAAAAGAAACUCUAUUGGUCUACCAUAUGUUUCUAUAUUUUUAUCCAAUUCUGUUCCUUAAUAAAAUUACAAAUAAAUUGUUACCAAUUUUUAAAUAUUCUUUUCUUGGUUUACAUGUUCAUGGAUGGUUGGAAAAUGUUAAAUGGAUGCUAAUUACUGUGAUAAAAAAUAAGAGGUUUACAUUGAAGACUGGUAAUUAUGUAUUUGCACUAAUAAUAGAUAUGUUAUUAGGAAUAUUUGUAUUGCAAUUGUUAUUACACUAUCUGGAAUAUACAUCUCCAUCUCAAAUACUUUUGAAUAAUGCAGAGAAAGUUGUGACAUUACUCAAGGAUUUAAUAAACUGGUUAAUGGGCGUACCAGCUGGAUUAAAAUUAAAUCAUGCUUUGAAUAAUAUGCUUGGAAAAUUUUUUCAGUAUCACAUACAUUUGUGGUGGACGUUCUUGAUAUUUAUGAAACCUGUAAUGGAUUUUGCUUUUGAAGUGUUAGUAUUAUUUGGAAGACUGGGCAUUACAUUUCAAAUAGCAAUAGCAGCAGAUCUGCUAGCUCUUGUUAGUUUUCAUACAUAUUGCAUUUAUGUGUAUGCAACAAGGUUGUUCAAUGUUCAAUUGAAAGGCAUCACAGGAUUAGUCAGACUAUUUUUAGGCAAAAAAAAGAAUCCAUUACGAGAGAGAAUUGACUCCUGUCAAUACCAGCCAGAUCAAUUAUUUGUAGGGACAUUAUUGUUUACAAUACUUCUGUUCCUUAUGCCAACAACAUGGGUGUAUUAUGCAGUUUUCACUACGCUCAGAUUAGCACUGAUUAGUUUUGGAGGUUUCCUAACUAGAAUGAAAUUUUAUCUUCAAAUUAUACCUGUGUAUACAUUUUUCAAAUGGUUUCUGCAUUCUUACAGUACACGUAGUACUGUAAAUAUUAAGUUACAUUCUCACCCUGCUAUUGGACCAAUUAUAUUAAUAAUGACAAUGGUUACUGCACCAUGGCAAUAUACAUGGAAUAAAUGUAUGCCAGAUACAAUUACUCAACAUCCUCCUAUCGAAUGGAAUAAGAUAACAAAAAAUAUAAUAUGGGGUGAAUUGUUAUAUCCCUUGUAAUUAUUUAUUUAUAACUUUU